AUGACAGAUUGCCAAGUUUUAAGUUAUGGCGAGGAUUUUAAGAGUAAAACCCAAGCAGUAGCACAAGAAAUAAAAGACAGCAUUAAGCAGUUGGAAUUAGCAAAAAUAGGAAUUGAGUUUAAAAUGUGUCAGCAAGCGAUAACAAAAGAGGAGAUAACAGAUUUAAGAGAAAUUACACAAGAAUUAAGAAAAUUAUACAGAGAUUACAAAGUUGAACCGAUAUUAGGAAACGAUAUUUGA